CCCGUGACGUCUCCUGGGCUUCCCCGUCGGACUGACGGUCAGACUUUACAUCAGGCAGCAGGGAAAACAAGACUUCUGCUAAUCAUGGCUUUGAAUCGAAAUCAUUCACAAAACGGCGGCGUUUUGAUCAACAACGGAGAAAGUAUUUUAAGGGAAUGCAAGAAUGUGGAGCUGUCCUUCAGCGAUGUCUCCAGCAAGACAGACCUGCUGAGGGGAACCAAGAAGGGCACUGUUUACCUCACACCAUACAGGUUGCUGUUUGUGUCCAGUAAUACCAAGGAUUGCCUGGGUUCAGCCAUGUUCCCCUUCUAUCUUAUGAAGGGAUGCAGCAUUGAGCAGCCAGUCUUUGCAGCCAACUACAUUAAAGGGACAGUGUCAGCCGAGCCUGGUGGUGGCUGGGAGGGCCAGGCCCAUUUCAAGAUGUCAUUCCCCAGUGGUGGAGCCAUAGAAGUGGGACAGCAUCUCUUCAAACUGGCAACAAAUGCUUCUCGUGCUGCUCCUGCCCAGAAUGGCGCUGCCUCUUAUGGCUAUCCUUCACCUGGAAUGAUGAAUGGCUAUGGCCCAGCUCCACCCAACCAACAUGGCUAUCCCUAUGCACCCCCUCCCCAGCAGAAUGGAUUCUACCAGGCCCCUACUCCUGCUGCUGGUAACAUGGGCUACCCUUAUCCAACAGCUGCUGCAGGUAUGUACCCAUCUGGCUUGGACUACAUGGCCCCACCUCCUCCAUACCCUGGGCCACCCCCGAAUUGGACUGCAACCCCCCAGAACUGGACAGCAGCACCACCACCCCAAGGUAACUCCAAGGCGGCUGAAGCAGCAGGCAGCGCAUAUUACAAUCCCAGCAAUCCACACAAUGUCUACAUGCCCAUGGAGCGACCUCCACCGUAUGCACCUUUCCCAAACUCUCCUGACAAGAAAAACAUCUGAGCCACAGUGACGCUCUUCUGUCUUCCUCUUUAGCUAAAAUACAUUCUAAAGCAAGGAGAAAUGUUGACGGAUACCUACUUGAGAUAGAAGGAAACAGAAAAGAAAACGCAAGUAAUAGAGGGCUCAAAGAUGUCAGUGAUAAAUCACCAAUAAAUUAAUGAUAUUUUGGAUACUGGAAUAUCUUUUGAUGCAAUCACAUCUUUUGAAUAACAUUAUCCUCUUUUACUUUGGUUAAUUUAAAUGAUCGAUAACUUCUAACUCACACUUUUCUGAGACUAAUCAUUAUUAAAAUUCUCAGUGAUGGGAUUUAUUAUAUUUCGGUCUAAUUUUCUAGCACCUAGGUGAAGGGGCACCUGAGCUGUCCCUACUAAGAGCCGAAAGGAGGAGGCAGUAUGGGGAAUGUAUUUUUUAAGACAGAUUUAUUACCAAAACACUUUGUAGGAAUUUAUUGAUUGCAGUUCCUGUAGUUAUUAACAAUAGCAAACCAUAUUAAAAACUAUGAAGUACUUUUGCAGUAUCGGUGAAAGAAUGGUAUGUGUUUCCUAUACAGUUUUUGAGUAUUUGUUGUCCACAUACAGUGAAAGUAGCAGAACUGGGUUGAGUAGAGUUUAGUACAAUAUUAUAAUGUAAUUUCCUGUACACUCACUCACUGAUUCUCAUAGUAUGGCUAGUAAAACAGUAAAAAAAAAGAGUAAAUGUUUCCUUUAUCUAUGACCAAGAUGAUCUUGUACUACUGUACGUCAGUUACAUGACAGUCCGCAAAGUAACUCCAUUCAUUGUAGAACCCAGAUCUCACAGUCUCCAUCAUAUUUUAAUGUUUGUAUUCAAGGUUUUAGUUAUAAACAGAAGUAGUGUAUUAUUUCAGAAAGUGGAUCAGAAAGGUUUCUUACAUAACAAGUCUUCGUAUGUGCAAUAUUUUACCUUCACAUAACAAGGUUACAAGUGACAAGCUGGGGUUACCUAAGUGAUCCUGUGCUCUAGUCCUAGCUUCUAUUGUAUUCAUGUAUGCAAAGCCAAGCUGCAACCAGAACUCUACUCUUUGUGUUAUUACACCAGUAUAGGGUUACAGGGCCACACCAUUAUAUUAAGGGCCCAUCAGUGUUUUUGCCUGCUGUUUUGAACUUUCUGAAUGCGAACCAUUUAUUCCUGAUUAAACUGUGGCGAGCGGCCAACAGGCCGUGUAAUUGCAUCCUCCACUCAAUGUGCAUCAGUUAACACCUGUUUGAAGGACUAUUUUGCACACAGUUGAAGUGGACAAAGGAUUUUUUUCGGGGGUUUUGGGGGUUUUAGUUUGCUCUAAUUAAUCAAAUGUCUGUAAAAUAAUAUCUCUUUUGCAGUUCUUAUUCCUUUUGCUGAAUUUUGUCUGUCAAUUAAAAUCUAAUAAAUUUGUCAUUUAUUGAAUUUCA